CUUUUUCGUAAUAGUACAAAAUGUCGCAACGUGCAAUGCAUACAUCGAAAAAAUCUGCGCGUGUGCGUAACGUCAAGCGCAAACGCAACCCCGCAGAGAUGUCCUUCGAGGACUCGGACGCUCCACCACCAGAAAAAGAAGAAGUUGUGCCAGAACUGCCUGACACUCCAGAACGAGAGGUGAGAAGUGGAGGUGCAGACGAACAAGCAGGUGAGGAUGCUUCUGAAAAGAAGACAAUGGAAGAUGCCGAGAAAAAGCCCGACGCAGUAGCACCGGCCUCUACGAGUUCCGAAGUUGCGGCUGAGCCUGAGAAGAAAGAGGAAGAUGCAGCUUCACAGAAGUCGGAGACACCGAAAUCGCCUAAGAAAGUAAAGGAAGCAAACUCGCCUGAGAUGAAGGAAGGAAACAAUACUCCGUCUCAGCAAAACAAAGGAAAUGAGACACCAUCUUCACAGCAGCCUGCUACUCCCGAAACCGAUCUUGGAUUCGACUUAGAGGAAUUCGGAGACGUCAUCCUGCGUCGUCCGUCGAAUGCCUUGUCCGUAGCGUCAACCAACACCAGUAGUCCCAACUCUCCUAACAGACAACCUAGGAUCGCUUCUCCAGCUCGUCCAAGACAACUGUCCGACGACAUGACCACAACGGACGAUGACAGGUCACUUGUUUUCUACAGGCGUCGUCCGCAGUGGGAAGGUGUUGCGGCACCGGCAGAGCCGGUCUCCUACGAUGGAGAACCUUUGCCAGCGCAAGCGGCUAGUGUGACUCGUCGCGAAGAAAGUAACUCACCUCCGACGUCAAAAGCUCAAACCGUGCAGAUGGACUUGUCUGGCAGUACUUCUAGGUCUCCAGCCUCGCCGAACAGGGGUUCUUCUCCUCAAGCAGGAGAGGAGCAUGUUCAAGCCGUUUCGAAUCUGCAGGAUAGCAAUAUGCCGGCUCCUGGUGGCGAUGAACCUAGUUGUAUACUAGAUCCUUCACUUAUUUCUCAGGCAAAACGUGUUUCGUUUGGGCCAACGGACGUCGUCCACCACACACGCCAGAGUUCUGCUCAGGCUUCGGAAACUGCUAGUAGCGCGCAUUCAACGCCUGAGAGCAGUAGUACCAAGGUUCUUGUUGCGAAUUCGAAUCAAGGUCCAGAAGUUGUGCCACAACCGCAGCCAGCACAAGUGAAGAAAACAGGAGUGGUGAUGGGCCAGAUGGCUGCGUCGAGCAGUGGAAAUGUGCCUCCACUUUCUGCCAGUACCACUUCUAUUGGGUCCACUAACGCAUCUCAGAGCGCAACUCAGAAUGUACCGACUGCAAGGGCAGCUCAGCCGAACUAUGGUCUGUACAACGAAGACGAGGUUCUACUCGAGGCUAAGGCGAUGUUUCGCGAGGACCAGUUGAUGGUUGCGGGUGGCUUGCUUCGUGGACGUAUUUCCACAGAGCGCUUACUGGAACUGAAGCAGCAAGAUUCGGAAGUCGCAGAUAUUCUGAGCAGGUCUGCUCAAGUCUUCCAAGUGCGAUCCACGUUUGAGCAGAUUGAACAAGGAAGGCUUAUCGUGCGUCAAAGGGCUCUGGAGAAAGCCCAAGCGGAAGCCAGAAAAAACGCUCAAGACCAAGGUUCCAGCUGGGUAUCUGUUCCGAGUAUGAGCGUACCGGAGUUACCGGAAUUUAGCUCUCCCUUUGCUGGCACGUCUGCAGAACCAAAAGCUGAAGAAGGUUUGCUCGAAGACGCGUCUAGGGGUAAAAAGAGUGUGCGUCGUGCUUCAAACAGCAAGAAAACUGGAUAUGCAGCUAUCUUUGAUGACGAGGAUUCUGAUGAAUACGAAGACGGUGGAAGCCUGCCUCCCGUCCUCGAGGACGACCAAGUUUUGACCGAAGACUGUGCCACACCGUUGUCUUCAACACAAUCAACCGGAACCUUGAUUGGAGUCGACGAAUCCGCUUGUGCUAUGGGGCGGGAGCAAGAAGCUUUGCUGAACGGAACGGGUGGACAAGGAGGGCAAGAACAACAGCCCCUGAUGCAAGGACAGGAACGAGGAUGCUUUGGCGCCGGACAACAACAACAGGGACCUGCUGCAUCUUCUCCGAUUGACCAACAGAAAAAGCAAUUCGGAGCUGCUGCAGCACAAAGAGCGGCUGCUAAUGGUUGUGCUCCUUGUUCUAAGUGGAAGAUGUUACGGGAAUACGAUGAUAUUUAUGCUGCCAUGAGGAUGGACGAAAUUUUCCAGGAUCCAGGUGUUGAGGAUUCGCGUGUUUAUUCCUUCGCUCUUGAGGGUUUGGUCGAUGUCGAUUUCUUCCCACUGCUGUCCGUCUUGAACGAAGCAGAUUUGUACGCUACCUGGAUUCCUUCUUUUAUGGGUCUGGGACUGGCUAGGAGUGAAGUGCUAGAACGGGUUUCGAGAACGAAUUUUGUCGUCAGGUUGUUGCUCCGAUUGCCAUUCCCUUUUGCAUGGCGCAAAGUGGUGUUUCGCGUUCGAGGUUUUGACUGCAUGACAGAGCGCGAUCUGCCGACCAGACAGGCGGUUAUGAUGCUAGAACCAGUAGGAGCCAAAGAAGAACGUGAGAUUUUGACUCGUAGCCCCAAUUACAGCGCAUCCAGGGAGAAAGAGUAUGAAGGCGCAGUGCG